AAUGAUACAUAGUGAAGAUAAGUAUCCAGAGAGAGACACAGUAUCUAUACAAAAACAUUGGAAAGUUUGGAUAGCAUUGAGCAUAUCCUUCAGAAUGAUGGCAAAAGUUGGUGGAAUCCUUACAAAAGAUUAUGACCGUAAAGUUACAGAUAUGGCCGAGAAAUAUACUAAAAAGAUUCUGAGUAGCAAGAACAAACAUAAAGGUCUUAUCAAAAUUCUAAUAAAACGUGGACUAUCUGAUCCUAAUGCAGCUUCAAUAUCAUCUAAUUUAUUGGGAGGUGAAAUUGCAGAAAUCCCACGCAGCUUAUCAUUUCUUCUCUAUAGUUUGGCAAAACACACUGAUAAAAAAAAGUUGGCUGAGAAGAUUCAUCAUGCUCUGAGUAAUGAACUUUGA